AUGGUGUCCAAGCUAAUUCUGUUUGUGUCUCUGAUUUGCGUUUCAGUUUGUAUUAAGGAACCAUUUCAACAUUUACCUGAUGGUUGUGUGAUCCAUACUGAUCAGGGAGUCAUUGAUCUUACUCCGCUAGGAAGUAAAUACCAUCAACCUACAUUUAAAGAUGUAGUUGACCGUAUUACCAAUCUGUAUUCAUAUUCAUGGAAUCCAUGUUUUGCAUUUAAUGAGGGAAACUGCCACAAUGUUUCGAUUUGUCAGAAACUGCUUGCCCUUGACUCUUAUGAAAUUCUCGGUUAUCCAGAACAAGUCACAUUUCAAGAGGUGGAAGGCCAUACAGGUGCUCUAGUCUACCGAUCCACCGAUCAAUUGGGCCAACAAAGGGUUUCAACCAUUCUUCUAACCUGUGAACCUAUUCUAGAUGGAAUAUUCGAAGCUUUCCCCGAGGAUCCUAUUCUCAACUAUAAAUUUGAAUUAAAAAGUAAAUAUGCCUGCCCUAAUCCAUUAACUCCCCCACCACCAGUGACUGGCGGUUCAGUAACAGCUACAGUACCAACACCUCAUCCAAAACCUGGAAUCUUCAGCAUAAAGAUCAUCACCAUUUUACUAUUCUCUAUACAAUGUUCGUUAGUGGUAAUAGUUAUUCUAUUAAUAGUAGCUGUAGUUAGCCAAAUUACCAGACGCUACUCAUCAUCUUCAACAAGCGGAGUUCCAGAAAAAUUGUCUUUUGCUUACAAACAAAUGGACUAGUCUUCACAAUGUUCAUGAAAGGUUCCGCGUACUGAUAGUCGAGAUCCAAUAGGUAUUGUCUUAUAUUCAGUUGUCACCUCAUAUACCAUGUCACACUUGUAUUAUUUUUUUAUUGUUAAAAUAAAAUUGAUAAAUAAAUUUCUAA